UAAAUUAUUAUAUCAAAAUUCAAAUUGCAGAAGAGACUUCAUCAUGUAAUUGAAGAAGAAGAUCCAACAAAAAAAAUUAUUAAAAAAAAUUAAAUAAAGAAGAUAUUCAUAAUAAUCUUGAGCUAGCGCUUAACGUUAAUUGUGGCAAAGCUUAUUACCGGCGAACAGUUUUGAUUUUCAACUUCUGCGGCAAAAAUCUGGAUGAUGGGAUAACCUCGCGACGAUGAGCGUGAGCAGUAGGGUUGCGGAAUCGGUGUGGGGGAGCAUUGAAUCAACUGGGUCAGCUGUCAAUAAUGACUCUGCAAUUGAAGCUUCCAAGCUUGACUUUGCUACUUCUCUCAAAUAUCUUACUUUCAUGUUUAUGGCGGGGUCGGAUGAAGCUUGCAUUUCUUGUUUGGCAAGAACUUCGAGAGGGCCACCAGGAUCGUGGACCAACGCGGGGUCAAGAAGAUCUCCGGUGAGCCCAGCGGCCGGUCCAUAUUUCAGGUUGUGGGAGAAUCUCGGAGGAAGGAGGAGUACUUCUGUUUUCCCGAGAGCUACUGUGCCUGUUACUCAUUCUUUUACGAUGUCGUGAACAGAGCAGAACAGCUUUGUUGCAAACAUCAGUUAGCUGCUAGACUUGCUGCAUCCCUCAGAUCGUGCAGAGAAGUCAAGAUCUCCGAUGAGCAGCUCGCCUUCUUGCUUUCAGAACUCUAGCAGGUAGAGCUUACUGAACCACCAAGGUUUUGUAUUAUCACUCCAGAAUUGAGAUGUUAAUUUCUUGAUCGAGGAACUGCCUGAAAUGCGAUAACUGCCAUGUUAUUGAACUGACUUGGUCAUGAUUUCCUUGCGAUGUUUUACUAUAGAUCACAGAAUUUCAUUGUA